AUGGUCUCGCCUCUCUGGAUCGCUGCCGACAAUGGAGACGUCGACCAGGUCCACCACUUGCUCACAGAAGCCAGUGCCAUCGACAUUGAGAUCAAGGAUGAUACCGGCUCCACGCCGCUCGUGCAGGCCGCGAAACACGGACACAUCGACAUCGCCAGGGCCCUCUUGAAUGCAGGCGCCGACCCCACGGUCUCUACGAGCCAUGGAAGCAUUGAACAGCUCACCACGGACGACACUAUACUUGAGCUCAUUGCAGAGGCUCGUGACAAAAAAUCACUGCCCGACACUGACUCAUCAGCCCCAGCCCCAGUUCCCGUCCCCGCUUCCGCGCCCACUUCUGAACAACAGUAUAUGCCUCAUGUGCCGGAAAGCUAUUCGCAGGAAUACCCUGCGUAUGGUCAGGUGCCGCCGCAUCCGGGCUCGUACAUGUAUUAUCCACCUCCGUUCCCCGGCGCGAUGCUUUCCGAUGGCUCCCCCGCUCCAUAUUACCCUCCUCCACCCCCACCCAAUAGCAUGGCUCAGCCACCAGAGAAUGCGGGCAACGGUAGUUUACCUCCUCCAGAAAUUGCUCGAUUAAUUCCGUGUCGUUACUACCCCGCCUGCCGCUACGGGCCUUCCUGCAUAUUCGCUCAUCCACAAGGACCUUUCUUCCCCGGUCCACUUCCGCCUCCAGCGCAGUAUUCCGCUCCCUAUGACCAAAUGGUUCAGCCGCACUAUGGCGGUUACUACGGUAUGCCCCAACCACCUUACCCCCAGCCUCCUCCAUCAGCAAACGUAACAUCUCCACCUCAAAACCCGUCAGAGUCGCCUUUGGCACAGCCCCAGCACGGUCGCUCGGGAUCAGAGGCUGUAUCGCCGAUGCAGACUCCUUUCAGCCCAGCGGGAAUGCCGCCGCCGCCUGUACCGUAUGGCGUACCAGUUCCAGGCGGCUAUCCUCAGCAUGGUCAGAUGCCGGUCCAGCCGAUGCCUAUGGGUGUUUCCCCGUCCCAGCAGCCCGGACCCCAGCCAAACGGUGUUAUUUACUCUCCCGCUUCGCCUGUUUCGCAGCCGCCCUCUAUGCAUAGGCGCGAUCCAUCCCUCCUUAACGGAGCAACGCAGUAUCCGCAGAUCGACAAUUCUGCGACGAAUCCUGCGCAGUCGUUGCAGAUUCCGCCCCAACAGGAUGCUUACGCAAACGUCGCACGACCGCAUCUCCGCGAGGGAGCCAAUCAUCUCAGGCGCGGCAGCAUCCGCCGAAUGUCAGCCGCAGGCUCUGCCAACAACCGAAAACCACCGUGUGCGUUUUUCCCGUCAGGCAGGUGUCGUAAUGGUGAUGCAUGCAAGUUCCCACAUAUCCUGCCUGAAUCUGGUGAUGUUCCGCAGGGACAUUACAUGUCAAGAUUCGCGGGGCGUGCGCGUGCACAAACCCAACCGCAGACUGAUCAGCUACACGAAAAAAUGGCGGAACUCAGUCUACGACCGGAUGGCACACCUAACACCUCCCAACCGAACGGACACAUCCAACCAAACGGGUUUCCGCGACCCAACCACUUCAAACCAAAUGGCGUACGCCACGAAAAGCGUGGGGGUCCGAAUGGACGUUCGAACCAUCAGCAACCUCAGCAGCGCUUACCGAGCGCGGAUGACUUUCCCGUACUUGGUGGUACGAUGACGCCGCCUGCACGUAGCCCAAUUACAAAUCCACUAAACGGACCAACUGCUGCGCAGGUCUUAAAAGCUCCGCCGCCGCCCUCCACGAAAAGUGACAAAGCUUCGUCGGUGCGCACGGGCUCCUCGUCGGGACCGUCAGAGAACGGGUCGGUCACGAAGGAUCCGGACGAACCCCCAAACGGCGAGAUUAGUGGCGUUAACGGUGUUAACGGCAAUGGGAUGAAUGGCUCCGCUCCUGAGAUCAAACCACUGUCGUUUGCUGCUGUCGCCACGGUCGCCACUAGCCCUGGUUCCGCUGGUACCGUCUCUGUCUCUGCGUAG